AUGAGUUCACCCAGCGAAACUGCAUCUUCACCCUCCACGGACACAAUCAUCCCAUUUCAUUUCUGGGAUGAUGUCCCUCAUACGAGAGGAAUAUGCAUAAAUGUCACACUCCGAUUUGACAAAGAACUUAACCCAGAGAGACUUCAGGAUUCUCUAAGCAGUCUACUCGAGAUCGACAACUGGCGAAAACUCGGAGCUCGUCUACGAUUAGACGACUCGGGCAAACUGGUCUAUCACCUUCCGCCAAAAUUCACCAAAGACCGACCAGGCUUCAUAUUCACAACGGAAGAACAUGACGGCAGUAUCAAAGCCCAUCCUUUGGCAUCACAAAUGCCCUCUUCCACGAAAUUAGACCCCCAUGUCUGUGUCCUAGACGGGAUGACCAAAUAUUCCCCCCUCGUACGUCACAAAACUGCACCCACCGGCAUAGCAGAUUGGCUACAAACAGACAUCCCACAGCUGGUCAUCCAUACAGUCCUCUUCAACGAUGCAACGCUUCUCACGUUAACAUUCCAGCAUACUCUUAUGGAUACAAUGGGUCUAUCUUCCUUCCUGCAUGCAUGGACAGCUGUAUUAUCAAACCGCGAAAAAGACAUUCCCCCGUUCCUCGGGUUCGAUGAAGAUCCCAUAGAAACAGAUACGGAAGCCGUGUCCGAGCAACCAACAAUUGCAGGGAUUGUAUUCGGAAAGAUUUUGCUUCUGCGUUUUGCUCUCGUGGGCUGGUGGGAGAAGUACUGGUUUCCGAAGGUGAAGGAUAAAGUCCUUUUGAUCCCUGGGGAAUAUGUGGACAAGAUGAGAAAGAGGACGCUUCAGGAGAUACAGGAGCUAGAAGAAGAGGGCGAGAUAAACACAAACAUCCAGAAUGAUGAGCAAGCCAAAGCCCAAAACAGUCAACCCCCAUUCGUCAGCGAAAGCGAUAUCCUCCUAGCAUUGAUUUCAAAACUCCUUGUCAAAGCGCAAAAUCCCAACCAGCACGCUCCAGUCCAGAUUUCGAAUAUUUUCGACAUUCGCUCUACACUUGGCCUCCCGUCUCCGGGCGUGUACAUCGGGAACGCGAUAAUGCCAUCGUGCUCAGACUUCGCGGCACGCGAGUUUGGAGAUUGGUAUCACGGCAUGGGUUUCGAGUGCCGGUUGGGUCCUGUUGCAAUGAGGAUCCGCAAUGCGCUAGAGACGCAGCGGGCGAAGGAGCAGGUUCUCGCACGUACAGCGUUGCGGAAGAAGACGCUUCGCGAGAUGGGGUGUUUGCCCCUUGUUAGUCAUCCUCGACAGCUUGGUAUUUCCUGUACCAAUUGGCAGAGGGCUGGGUUCUUUGGGGUUGAUUUUGGGGGCGCGGUUGUUGGAGGUCAGGCUGGGGAGAAAUUUAUACCUUGUAGACCCUCUUAUGUUAAUACAGCGGGACCGGGACCGUUGGAUGGGAAUGGGCCACGGAAUAUGGUGACUGUUACUGGGAAGGAUAGCGUUGGGAAUUGGUGGGUGCAUAUUAUUGCGAGGGAGGAAGUUUGGGGGCAGAUUGAGGAGUGGACGAGAGAGCUGGAUUUGCGGUAUAGAUGA